UACGAGAGUGUUUCGUAGUGUCCAGUUUAGCUUCCUCCGUAUCUAUCCACCCAGAUUGCGUGCGAACGAUGAGUUUGAUUCACCAAGCACCCGUGGUCGUACAAGGGCGCCGACCGGGCCUAUACCUGGGCGGCAAGGCUGACGCCAAAGACCGCGACAAGCUCGAGCGCUACAAUGUAACACAUAUUUUGAAUAUGACGACGAGCAAGGAAGUUAAUAUUAAGGCUGGGGUUCCUAAUUUCUUCGAAUCCUCCGGACGCUUUGUGUACAAGCGCAUCGCCGUACUGGACGCGCCUACCAGUGUAUCCGAUUUGGCGGAGCGGUCGGACGAAAUUGUGGGCUUCAUCGCCAAAGGACUGCAUCACGGAAGCGUGCUCGUUCAUUGCCAACGUGGCGUUUCUCGAUCGACCACCGCGGUACUGCUCUAUCUCAUGAGACGCCUAGGUAUGCCUCUCUCGCAAGCUUUGACGUUGGUGCAACGUCGACGGCCACAAGCGGCACCGAUACCGGCAUUCGUUACCUUUCUGGAAGAGUACGAAGUGGGAUUACGCGAAACAGGGGUAGUUUCGAGUACGUCAAGCGGUGCGAAGCGUCCAGCUGGGGCGGCUCAGCCCAGUGGCCCGACCGCAAAAAGGCCUUUGGUAGGUCCGGUAUUUCGCUGUAGCCGUGACGAUGUUGUGCACGAGGCAGAAAUGGACCAGCGGUCGAUGGAUCCAGAAACAGGGUCGAGCCACAAAGCAGAGAAACUGGAUGGUACUGGAGAGGAAAUCACCGGCAAGAUGGUGGGGCCGAUCGGCCGUCCAGCAUCCGCUAAUGAUGCUCUGAAGGAAUACGUUCCGCGGCGCAUUGGUCCAACGAUGCCGCCUGAACUGUAACUUUUUACUGUUAGUUCUGUCCCCG